ACAGAUCGGAGUUGGCCGGAGAAAGAGCGCAGCUACUUUUACUUCGGAGCAAAUUCUCUGUUUUGUUCUUUUUGUUCCCCAUCAUAGCUUUUUGAUCGUAAUUCUUCUUGGUCGGAGGUUAUCAACGUUUCUUCCAGGAUGGUUAAAGUGUCUUUUAACUCCGCUUUGGGACAGAAAGAUGUGAAAAAGGACGCCGAAACUCUAAUUCCCGAGGAGGACAAAGAUGCCGAGGCUGCUCUGCCGGUGCGUCACCAGUCUCGGGCCUGGUGCUGGUGCAUGUGCCUGGGCCUCGCCCUCAUGCUGUCUGGGGUGGUGGUUGGAGGAGCCUACCUGUACCGCUUCUACGUCCUGGAGGUGAGCAGGCAUCCCCAACAAGGGUGGGACAGUUCCUCCUACGACACCGAGGAGGGCCAGGUGUUUGUGUGCGGGGUGAACUACCGCGAGGAGGACUUCAUGAUGCAGGAGGAGGACGAGGUGGCGGUGGAGCUGCCGAGCCAGUUCCAACUGCGACAGAUCGAGGAGAGGAUCCGGGUCCUGGAGAUGGAGCAGGUGGAGCUCAUCAACGUCCCCGUGCCCGAGUUCGACGACGGAGACCCUGCAGACAUCGUCCACGACUUCCAGCGGAGGUUGACCGCCUACUUGGAUCUGAGUCUGAACAAGUGCUACGUCAUCCCGCUCAACACCUCCAUCGUCAUGCCCCCUAAAGACUUCCUGGAGCUGCUCAUCAACGUCAAGGCCGGCACCUACCUGCCUCAGUCUUACCUGGUCCACGAGGAGAUGAUGGUGACCGAGCGCCUGGACCACGUCGACCAGCUGGGCUACUUCAUCAAAAACCUGUGCGAGGGCAAAGACACCUUCAAGCUGCAGCGCAGAGACAGGAUCCUGGGGAUGCAGAAGCGUGAAGCUCUGAACUGCCACAAGAUUCGCCACUUCGAGAGCAAGUUUGUGGUGGAAACUCUGAUCUGUGAGCCUUAAGGGACGUCGCGGCCUCGCAGCUGCUCUUCGAGUCACUGGCGUGCAGUGAGAUCUGUGUUUUUAAUCCUCGCCUGUCCUUUCUGUUUCCUGUCCUUUUCCUUCAGGUAGUCUGAGUGAGUGAGAGGAGUGAAAUGUGAAGCUGUUUGAGUAAAUCGUCAUCGAUUUAAAAAUGGAAACAAAAGAGCUGUUUAUUUUUCCACUUUUUCUGUACGGGGGGUCUUCUUGGAAACGUUAUCUUUUCAGAAAAUAAUUAGCUUUAAAGUCGGCUGUGUAUAAAUAACAUAAAUUAUUUUAAUCAAAAUAACGGCAUUUAUAGCAUGAACACUCGUAACUUAGUAGACGAGGGUAAAUUUAGUUUGCCUUACUUUUAAAGAGAGAGGGCGACUUUUGUACCGCUCCUCCUGGUGUUAGAAACCGAUCAGUUUUUUUUGGGGGGGGGGGGGGGGGGGGGGGGGGGGGGGGGUGUUUUCGUUUUUGUAUUUUGUCUGCUGUAGCUAAUAAUACACUGCACCUGUUCUUUCUUAACUGGGAAAUGAUCUUAAAAUAAGAGUGUGGGACACUCGCUUCUCCUGUUUGAGCUUUAAAAAAGAAAAUGAGUUUGUAAAAGUAUUAAACAAGAAAAGAGAUGAAAGAGUGAAAUCACAGGAAGAGACACACACUUACGUUAAAAUCUUUUUCUCGACGGUUGUCGGUCUUUUUUUUGAAUGUGUAAUUUUUUGGAUGACUCUUCUUGUUGUACUAAUUUGUGUAUAUAAUCUCUUUAAAGAUAUGAACAGACCAACACAAUAAACAAAAACCGACGGAAAAACAAA